AUGAAAGUAAAUGUCGAUGGAGCUUGGGAUAGUGAAUCCCUUAAUAGUGGGAUAGGGGUCAUUAUAAGGAACCACAUGGGUUUCUCUAUAGCGGGGGCGAGCAUCCAUGAAAAGUUCAAUUCUGCAAUUGAAGCAGAAGCAGCUGCUGUUGUUAAAGGCCUGCAACUAGCAGCACACUUGAAGCUGCAACAGAUUAUUUUGGAAGGUGAUUGUCAGGAGGUAAUUUCGGCCAUGGAGGACCCCUCUGUGAAUCCCAACUGGAGGAUCUCCCCGAUGAUUGCUAUGGUGGCUCAUCUCCAACCUCUCUUCAGAGGGAUUAAGUGGAACUGGAUCUCACGAGAAGCUAACCGUGUUGCAGACGCAGCGGCGAAGCUAGCAAAACUGAGGUUGUGCUCCCAGGAUUGGGCCAACAGGCCCCCGACCUCUCUUCUCUCUAUCUUGAGGAAUGAUGGCCUGCCUGGUCCCCCUUCUUCUCUUGACUGUUAG